CCUCUCCACGUGAACGCGCUUCACACAAGCACACCGGAAUCUCAAAUUCCUCCUCACCCCCUGCGAAGAAAGACGUAUGACUUUGUCGACGCUGUUUGCGUUUCUCUCCCAAGUUCCAGGGUUCGUUGUUCAGACCCCUCCGAGGGAAGCGCACCACCUUGGCUCCGUGGCUCCACGCGCCUCCGCGGGCUCUCCGAAGGCUGCAUGUGACCUCUCCCGUGUGACCUCUGAAUCCCAGUCGACCUUCCCCCCCUUCCCCUCCCUUCCCCGAGGCCAGACGCUCGUCCAAUGGCGCUGAAGACGCUUCUGGGUUUCGGGAAGCAGUUGCUGAGGGUGAAGGUGGUGGACUGUAACUCGGAAGACUCCCGCCUGUCGCGAUGUCUUAACACGUUCGACCUGGUGGCCCUGGGCGUGGGCAGCACGCUGGGCGCUGGCGUCUACGUCCUAGCCGGGGCGGUGGCGCGAGAGAAUUCGGGUCCUGCUAUUGUGCUGUCCUUCCUGAUAGCGGCCUUAGCCUCAGUGUUGGCUGGUCUCUGUUACGCUGAGUUUGGAGCCCGAGUUCCCAAGACGGGUUCGGCUUAUCUCUACUCGUACGUGACUGUAGGGGAGCUCUGGGCUUUCAUCACCGGGUGGAACCUCAUCCUCUCCUAUAUCAUUGGUACCUCCAGUGUGGCCCGUGCGUGGAGCGCCACCUUCGAUGAGCUAGUUGGGAAGCGCAUAGAGCUGUUUUGCAGAGAAUACAUGUCUAUGAAAGCCCCGGGUAUAUUGGCAGAGUUCCCCGACAUGUUUGCUGUUCUCAUCAUAAUCACCCUCACAGGACUUCUGGCAUUCGGGGUAAAAGAAUCAGCCAUGGUGAACAAGGUUUUUACCUGUAUCAACGUCCUCGUCCUGUUGUUCAUGGUGGUCUCUGGGCUGGUCAAGGGUACGUUGAAGAACUGGCAACUAGACCCUGAGGAGAUCCUCCAUGCCAAUCAUACCAGUAACUCCAGUCUCAAUGUGACAAGUGUCCUGCCAACCAAAGAGAGUAUAGGAGUGGGCGGCUUCAUGCCAUUUGGUUUCACGGGCGUCCUGUCGGGAGCUGCUACCUGUUUCUACGCCUUUGUCGGAUUUGACUGCAUCGCCACCACGGGUGAGGAGGUGAAGAACCCCCAGAGAGCCAUCCCCAUCGGCAUUGUGUCCUCGCUGCUUAUCUGCUUCGUGGCGUACUUCGGCGUCUCUGCUGCCCUCACCCUCAUGAUGCCGUACUACCUGUUGGACAGCAACAGCCCUCUGCCUGUAGCUUUUAAAUAUGUGGGCUGGGGAGGAGCCAAGUACGCUGUGGCUGUAGGCUCACUUUGUGCUCUGUCUACCAGCCUGCUGGGUGCUAUGUUCCCUAUGCCCCGUGUGAUCUGGGCUAUGGCCGACGAUGGGCUGCUUUUCAAGUUCAUGGCCGAGAUCAGCCCCCGCACCAAAACCCCGUUAAUUGCAACCCUCACCUCGGGCAUAGGGGCAGCUAUCAUGGCCUUUCUGUUCGACCUGAAGGACCUGGUGGACCUGAUGUCAAUAGGGACGCUGCUGGCAUACACAUUAGUGGCGGCCUGUGUCUUGGUGCUCAGGUACCAGCUGGAGCAGCCCUGUCUGGUGUACGACAUGGCCGGCUCCCAGGAGGAGGUGGGGCUGAGCGACGGCAUCAGUGUCCCCAGUAUAGGCAUGCUGCCUGGCAUGGAGGAAAGGUUUAGCUUCCGGACCCUGCUGUUCCCAGACAACCCUGAGCCGUCCACAUUGUCAGGCUUCAUCGUCAACAUCUGCACCUCUGUCAUGGGAACGUUGAUCCUGGCGUUCAGUGUGCUGGCGGUGCAGGGAGGCUUUGCUGUGUGGAACCUCGCCGCCCUCAGCAUCAUCUUCAUGGUGUGUCUCUUCCUCACCUUUAUCAUCUGGAGACAGCCAGAGAGCAAGACAGAACUCUCUUUCAAGGUUCCAAUGCUGCCCUUCCUCCCAGUGAUCAGCAUGUUUGUCAAUGUCUACCUGAUGAUGCAGCUGGACAGGGGCACUUGGAUACGGUUUUCAGUCUGGAUGGCAAUAGGUUUCGUGAUCUACUUCGGCUACGGUAUUCAUCACAGCGCCGAGGCCGCCACGGCCCGCUCGUCUCCAGACACGGAGAUGGUCGACUUCAAGCACAACCACGAAUCCGAAGCCGCGUCACCGGAGAAGGAGGCCUUCCUUCAUAACGGAAUCCUCGAAGAGCUUGACGAUGACGAUUUGUAGGACGCAUCAGAACACGGCGUGUACAUUACAACCCGCCUUGACGCCAGUCUGUCUUUGUAAAAGUAUUUCUGAAAGGACAACUCCCAGCCCUUCACUGGCGGCACUCCUUGUCGGGGAAAGUAAUGAUAAUGAAGUUUGGCCUAAAAUUCACAGACUUGUAAUGUUCCCCCCUUCAACUGCUGGGUAGAGCACAGACAACUGGUGAUGACACUGGUGCAAAAAAAAAGAACAUCUGUAGCCAUAACUGACUUCUAUUAUUUCAGCAUUGCGAGUUAAGCAUGUUACCCCAUUGUGCCUGGCAUUGAGGUUCAUCUGCUGUCUGACUGCCUGGAGGAGGAGGAGGGUUCAUGUUGGAGACAUGGAACAGGUCAGUGUUUCAGGCGGACUCAGAGAUCCUGCGAAGCCAUUUGUUUCUCUUCAUGUUCGGUCGUAGUUAUGUCUUUGGAAAGUCUCUGGGUUACAUAUCUGACAGUGGGACUAUGUGCACAUGUGAUAGCAGCAAUCAAAAAAAAAAUUCUGUUCAAACAUAAUUACUACUACAUGUAUCCACACAACCCUGAAAAUCUGAUAACACAUGUCAGUUUUAAAUAAAGAUUUUGUACCAUUAGCUUCAUUCUCUAAAAGCCGGUGAACUCUGAUGAAACUGAUGGUGAAAUGCUCCAACCGUCCUCCUGCUGACAAGUGGGAGUUUGAACAAUACCUGCAGCACACUUGGCUGGUCGGUGACGCGAUCACGCUUGCCCACCAGCAGAAGAAGUGGUUGCUCGGGCCAACGGCUGCACAUUUAAGUGGGCCAGCAGGAAGCUGUGAUUUUACACUUUCCGUGUGUCCAACUUCGAGUCUAAAGGAGUACGCUGAUAUCACCUGAGGUCCCUGACUUUUACUUGCAAAAGUAAAAGACUGGCACCCCGUUGUGGUUAUACAUAAUGGUUUGAAUUCAGGCAAGAAGCCGGUUAUGAACGAUGGAUGGAUCUGCUAAUGAUGGUUGCAGAAAAAGCUGCGUGCAACAACAUUUCCUUUUGGACAAUUUCCUUCAGAGUCAGAGGAUGUGAUCCAGUCUAAAGCCUAACAGGAACAUUUUACACUUUGACCGAUACCUGAUAUAAAUUCUCUUCGCAGUAAUAAUGGCAGUUGAUAGAAUACACAUUUAAUUGCUAUUUUCAAUACCCUCUGUGAAAAUAUGAAAUCUGAUUUGUGAGUCCUGAUGCAUGUUGAGUAUCAGGUCUAGACAUUGGCUGGCAUAGUGCCAGAUUAUCACUAGAUAAUAGGGACUUUUCACAGUGCUGGCUGCUGUAUUUUUUUUCCGUGUAGCUUUUAACAUUCAGUUUUUCUUUUUGAAAAGAAAAAAAAUCAAAUAAUACAGGCUCUCGUUUUUCCCCUGAAAAUAAAUAAUGUAUUUGUUCUCAUGCCUGCUUCCUGAAACAGGAAUUUCCAGUGUAUUUCACAUUAUGAAUCUGAUGUAACUUCAACUUAAACUUGAAGUUGAUUGAACUUAAUAUUGACAUUUAAGCAAAAGUCGAUGAAGAAUUUGAUCAGUUAGAAUUUCAUCACACUUUUUCACUUUUUUGUUUGUUUCAGUCCCAUCCAACAAUGAUAUCACAUGAGGAAAUUUUGUAUUAGUUGUGUUAUGCAACUGUUCAUUUACAUUUAGAGUUCAAAGGGAAUCGUGUGCAUCUUCUGGCAAAAUCUGUACUUGUUGUUCCUACAUGUCGUGCCAAAACCUCAAUAUUUACUUCUGAAAUAAAUACUCUGUAUAUAUAUAUGUAUAUAUAUGUAUAUAUAUAUAUAUAUAUAUAUACACACACACACACACACAGAGUAUUUAUUUCAUGUAUGUAUAAAUAGAUGAAAGACGGAGCUUCUGCCCUUCUCCUUUGAUGCUGCUGUAAAACUCUGACCUUGGCUCUCCCCUAUCAUAACGUGUGUCAGUGUUGAUGGCCAGCUGCUUCCUGUUUGUCAUUUUGUUGUGACAAAAUCAUUUUCUCAGCUUUUUUCAUGGUUGGAUUGUUUAAAAUUGUAAAAUGUAUAUUAAAUAUAAUAUAUAUUUAAUAAGUAACAUGUUUACUCAACAUGGCGUCACAGAAUCACAUCAUCUUGCUGCAUUCACGACAACAUUGAAUGUGGUGAGCGUGAAAGUUCAUUCGUGGUUUUGCAAAUAUUCAAAUCUUAUUUGUUAAACUUUGAACACAUCAGCAGCCCGUCAGGAAGACCAUGAAAUGGAAGGAA